ACAUGUGAACCUUUUCCAUAAUGUACACUUUUUUCAAUGUUUGGUCCUGUUAAAUUCUGGAUUGGUCGUAUACUGUUCAGAAGAUGUGCCUAUGAUUAGAGGUCUUCGGAGGAUGAUAUGAGAGUCGACAAAAUAAUGCAAGAGCUACAAGAUACGUGCAUUGAUGGCAAUCAACACCAAAAUAUAAAAGAGAUGAAAAAGGAUACACAGACUAUUUUAAACAAUAUUGAGGUAUACAAAGAUGUGGUGAAAUUAAAUACAAAACUCAGAAAAGAAAUAAAAUGGAUCAUUCAAGAAUCAAAAGGAAAAAGAGAAACGAGGAGAAUAUUUGACUUACUCACAAAGGACACAAAGGGAAUAUGCUCACCAUCAAUUGCAAAGUACAAAGACUGUACGGAGUUAAAGAAGAAAACAAAGAAAAAACUGGAUGAUGGUGUUUACACGAUUUAUCGAGGGAGAGAUAAACCUAUUCAGGCGUACUGCGACAUGACCACAGAUGGGGGAGGCUGGACGGUUAUGUUAAAACGGUAUAGCGGAUUUGUUGGUUUUAAACGUACAUGGGUUGAAUGCGAAAAUGGAUUUGGUGAUAUACAUGGCGACUUCUGGUUUGGCAACAAAUACACCCAUAUGUUGACCUCCACUGGGAAGUACGAGUUGAGAGUAGACAUGGUGGAUACAAACAACAAUAGA